AUGAAGGGAGGAUUGAAUUCCAAAAUCAAAGCAGAUAAAAUUAAACCACUUACAACACCAAAACCUCCAACAGUAGUACCUCCUCCUCCUUCAGUUAAUCCUUCAUCAUUCACUUUAUUAUAUCCAUUUCAAACAUUUAAGAAGCAAAAAAAUUUUAAAAAGGAUUUCAAGAUAUUAAAUAAACCAAUUGACCCGAAAAUUCAACCAUUAAAGGAAAAAUUUAGUCGACCUUCAUUUGCACCAUAUCCAUAUUCAUACGAAAUUGAUCAUCUGGAAUAUUCAAAAGGAAACGUUACUUAUUUAUUUGCCAUUAACAUUAACACUAGAUAUUUAUAUUGCAUUCCAGUGAAAGGGAAAACAGAACAGGAAACAAGAAGAGCUAUUCAAUACUUACUAGAUCAUGAAAGAGUAGAUAAUAUCAGGGGUGAUGGUGAUAAAGGAUUUCAGGCAGCUAUGGCUCAUUAUUUCCCACAAAUUAAUUUUUACUUUUCAUCCUCUCCAUAUACGUUUCAUAAUAAAAUAGUUGAUGCGGUAAUGAGAACUCUUAGAGAUGCGUUAGGGGUUAACGGUCAGAUAUACUGGGAUGGAAAUCAUGACUCCAUCAUACAACAGUUAGUAUAUUAUUACAAUAAUACAUGGCAUAGAACUAUAAACAUGAAACCGGUGGAAAUGAAAAAUGAUAUUUCAAAAGAAUGGGAAUAUAUUAGAAAGCAAAUGGAAAAGUUAAAUGAUGUUAAACGUGAACAAAUUAAUUCGGGGCUCAUGAAUUUUAAACAAGGAAAUAAAGUUUUGAUUCAUCUCGAUUAUGGAAAAACUGAUAAAUCAAUGACAAAAAGAAGACGAAGAUUUGACACAAUAGCUGAAUUUGUUAGAUAUAUUAACGGCAAUGCAUUAGUUGAAGUUGACAAGAAAUUAAUAGAAAUUCCGAUUUAUUUUAUUACUCCAUUAUAUUUAAAUAAUAUUUAA